GAAGAUAUAACAGGCAGCCAUGAGAUGACAAAUAUUAGUGUGAUCCGCGGGGUAAACAGUAUAGCUGAGAGCUGUGGACCAAAUAGCAAAGUUCUUCUGAAACUGGGAAAUUUAGAUUUUAAACCAGAAAAGUCUAAGCAUGAGUUUGUUGAUUGGACGAAUUUCCAUUGUAUUCUUACAAUUGGUAUUAUUGGAUUCUUCAUUUUCUGGGUAUUCCUUCUUCUGAGAAUGUACCUGCCGCUGGAAAAUGUUCUAAUGAUUUGGUGGCUAAAAAAACCUAACAAAACAAUGAUAGCAAACUUCACAGCUCCGGGGCUGCCUGGUUCAUAAGCCUGGAUGAAAUGUAGCUCUCUCCUGGGUCCCUUGAGAUUAUAAACAUGGAUCAUUCUUGCUUACAAAAUAACCAACAUAUGUUUACAAACAAGACCAAUGUUUACAAGCUAAACAAACACAUGUUGAUGUACUAAACCUACUCGUGUCAAAAAUCUAAACGAACUGGCGUUUACGAACUAAACCAGAGAUCUAAGGUAUAAACCACCAAAAAAAAAAAA